UCGUUUGUUUUCGUUUCUCUCCCUGUAUAUAUUAUUGGAAUUCUUCGACCUUAAGCCCUCCAUAUUUAUUUUUUCUGUCAAGUUUUACAUUCUCUAGGGUUUCGAUCAUCCGCCGGAAAAUACCGUACAAUGAGCUCAUCGGCUUCGUCCAAGGGCGGCAGAGGGAAACCGAAAGCUACAAAGUCUGUGUCGCGGUCUCAAAAGGCUGGUCUUCAGUUCCCCGUCGGCCGUAUUGCGCGGUUUCUUAAGGCCGGUAAGUAUGCGGAGCGUGUCGGUGCUGGUGCUCCCGUCUACCUCUCGGCCGUCCUCGAAUAUCUCGCCGCCGAGGUGCUUGAGCUUGCAGGCAAUGCAGCCAGAGACAACAAGAAGAAUCGCAUUGUUCCAAGACACAUACAGCUUGCGGUCCGUAACGAUGAAGAGCUGAGCAAGCUUUUAGGUGAUGUGACCAUUGCAAAUGGUGGAGUGUUGCCGAAUAUCCAUCAAAAUCUCUUGCCUAAGAAGGCUGGAUCAAGCAAAGGCGACAUUGGAUCUGCAUCACAAGAGUUCUAAAAGUGUUUGAUCAUCUCCAAAUUUUGAUACGCGAGGUAUUCAAGAGUGCAAAAUGGUUGUGGUUUCUUUGCCUUGUUUUGGAAUCUAUUUCAUUAUUGUGAAUCACAAAAUAUUGAAUCUCUUUUAUUGGACGUAUAACUGAAACCAUAUUGUGUUUUAUCCUUGUAGUUUUGCUUGUUUGUUACUUCGAUUUU